AUGCCUCAAUGGGGACAUGCUAUCCAGCUCUUCCGGACCAAUUCUUUGGACUCCCUCGUUCGAUACUUCGCUUCAUACCUCCCUGCCGACCACAUUUGGCACCCCUUGUGUCAAGAUUCUGCCCUUGCCACCGCUGACACGUUUCCUACGUCCAGUUUACCAGGAAAGGGGUGCAAACGCAUCAAAACGAACGAGGCCACAAGCGCCAGGAGGCAGCUCUUGCCGUCGCCGUCGACGGGGCUUCUCCGCUUACCGGCGAAAGAUCAAUUCCUAGAACCAAAUGAACUCCUGGAUUCUGCGCGUCCUGCUGCAAUGUGCUCAUUUCCAGAACCGGGGAUCAAGCAUACUCGACCACAGGGACAUAGCUCCCACGUUGGCCACUGGGAAGACGCGGAAUGA